AUGGGAUGCUUCAAAGUCGGUCACACCGUGAAGUGGCUGGCUGGCCUCUGGAUCUUGCCCCUAGACAUUCCCUGGUGCGAGCUUGUCAGCAACGGGGAGAAGGCAAUCUGGAAAAUUGGUGCACAAGCACAGACACUUACUGAGACUCUCACAUCAACCAGCACCUCCCGCACUGUAAGCAUCACCAGCUCCAGCUCUACGCGAUCCGUCACCAGCACAACAAGCAUCACUUCCACGACUCGGCUGUCAACUACUACCACCAGUUCCUCUCAACCUCCCAUUCUACCAUCUCGUGUCAGCCUGCUGGUGGAAUUUGCUCCCGGUAUGGCCGAGAACCAGACGUGCGAUAGUUUGAGCUGCAGAGAGGUUUUGAUUCCUGCGGGGCUGCCGGUUCUGAUACUGCAGCUCCAAUCUCCAGAUGUAAAUUAUGACUGGGGGAUCCAGCCCCAGUUACUCGUUACUAGAGGCCAGCUCACCAUGCGAUCGGCAAGAGCCGGGGCUUGUGUUGAGGAGACAUCAUCUGUUCAUUCGGGCACGUACCUUCGACUGCUGCCGGGCAAAUGGGCAGAUGGAGGUGUGGAUGCCACAGUGCAAAGUGGUAACUUGCAUCCUUCAUCCAUUUAUAUGCCCUUGAUUUUCAAGGAGGGCGGUGACUAUUCUCUUUGCUUUACUGAGGAUGCGAUGUUUGGUUUGGGUGGUCGUGUCGACCUUGUUCCCAUCACGAUACGAGUGCGGGGUGCAUACAACUUCGCUUGUGGCAGCUCGCCAUGUCUAUCUGAGCGUUCUCAGUACUGUCACAUCCUCCAAGCUUCCUACAGUCCGGCAGGUGCUUGUCAGGUGACUUUUGAUCAAACAGCAGAGCACUCUUCGGAGCAGGGGGAGCAGGGAGUACUGGGAAGUGUUGAGCAGAUGCGAAUAUCGUGGUCCGAUCCAUGGCAGAUCACCCACGGCUCCGAUGGUACUGUCUCGGCUGUGGAAAAUUUCAGUUGUCAGAGCCGGUCUCAGACAGAAGCUUUUCUGUGCUUGAAUGCAGAUCGUUGUGACCUUGGAGACGACUCCGUCCCACUCAACAGCCAGGCACUUGCAUCCCUUCCUCGUGCACGUGGCGAUUUGGCGAAUGAAUCCUUCAAAGCCUACACAAUUGCCGUGUGCUUGUGUCCUAUUGUUGGAAACUGUUUGGAGCCAGAGUUCUUCGUUCAAGAAGUCGGCGUCGUGCACUUUUUCGCUGCAUUUCUUUGCUUACACUCCGGAGAUGCGGAACAUGAGGGGGCUGCAUGUGCCGGGUCAUUCUCGUCAGUAGUUGCGUUCUAUCCGAUUCAGAUACAUGUGCUUUGCCCUGCCGAUGUGUGUAAGUCGGUUCCGGACCUGACUGGAUCCCGCGUGAAGCUCACAUCCCCAUCGCCUGAUAAUUUCCGUGCCAGCUGGGAUCCCAGCACGGGCUGCCGGACAGCUUUGCAAUCGCCCUUGCAGACGCAGCCACCCAAUUGCUUGGAUCCAUCCCAUUGCACGGUCUCCGGGGGGAUUCGCCAGGAUCUAAAACGCUUCGGAGAAGGACCAGAGGGUCCUUUCAAGUUUCUGGGUGAUCGACCUUUGCAUGGCCAAAGAGCGUUCCACUCUGCAUUCUAUUUGGAUAUUUGUUUUUGCUUGUACGACUGCAGGAGUAGGCUCGCCGUCCCGAGCUAUUUCAAAGUUGGAGAGAUGUCCAUUCUUCCGUUGCGCUUGCUUGGUGCUAGCCUCCUGCUGCAAAUUCCACGAAGAGUCGGCGCAGUGCGCCUGCAGAGGUCGAUAGACACUUCAGCGUCUUUUCAGCCACCUCCGGAGUCCAUUCCCCCAGCAGGGACACGACAAGCCUACUUGAAGCUUCUUGGAGACGAUGGGCAUCAGGUGCUUGAUGAAGAAUGCGGUCGCACACCGUAUGCUUCGUUUUUGAACCAGUCCUCAGCAGAAUUCUUCCUGCUAGCAAUCUCCAACAACAUCUCGUCUGAGCUGAACGAGGCCGGGAUUCAGGAAAGAUUCCGAGGCCAGCCAGACAUGGCGAACACUUCCCACUUGGCAUUCGGAGGUGGCGACAGUGAAGGCAUGAUGUUUCUGCGCCCAGGCCGCGUGGCAGUUUGCUACUGUGGAGUCGAGGAAGGAGGUUGCCCACUCGCGUUCUGGAGGUUGUUGACGCACUUGACAGUACGAGGUCCUAAAGUUUUGCAGGACCUUACACCAUAUCAACACUGGACCGUAAGCUCAGAUGUGGUAUUCAGUCUGCAGCUUCUGGGAUGGGGUCUUGUAAACACGGAUCAGAUCUUGAUCCUGCAGCCAGGGGCGUCUUGCACGGAAGAUGUGCUGAGACUGGAAGACUCCGUUUUGCGAAGUUGCCCGAAGAACUGCAGCGAAGCUGGGGGUCUUGAAAGCAACUCUAGUGACAGUUCCGGUAUACUUCUCCACGUUCUGAGCGACAGCAGCGUUCCUUGCGGUGGAGCAGCGGAAGAGCUUGGUCUUUGCCCAGACGUUUUUGUUGAGGCGAUCGAGGUUCGCGAAACAGGGACUUUCGUGUCCUUCAGCUCUGCACCCGGGCUGGUGACCGGGGAUGUUUUGAGCCUGGGCGAACAGGCAGCCUGCUCCACGGCAAGCCUUGCCAAUGGGGCGUGCACUGUCGAAGACGAAGAAGAACUCCGAGGUGUCCUGGCUGCUGCGGGAUCGUCAAGUGGAGCCGGUGAUCAUGACUUCAGUGGCUUCCCCGGUGAUUCGCACUAUCUUGUGGGAAGGACAGCCAGGUCCACUCCGGACGAGCAGACUUUCGUGCUGGAUGCUGUAUGGCCUUCUUCACGGUUGCCUGUAUUCGAGAUCUUCGGUGCCGGACAGUGGACUCGGCAUAGCCAGGCGGAAACAGCCAGGGAGCUUCGAGCUACACAUGCAGCAAGUCAACUGCCUGUCUGCUGGAGGCCUUGGAAUGGCCCAGCUGUGAUGGCUGGCAGUCUCACCGUGGAGGAGCCAGCUGAAGCAGAUUGUCAGAUUUUCCUGACGGCCACCGGGAGACAUCAAGCUGCCCCGGUCUUGAUCACAUACCGCACAACCGACCUUGGCGGGCAGGAGGGCGAAGUGAGCCAAAUGCGCCUGGAGUUCCCGACUGCAUCACUGCUCGGUCUUCGAAGAGCAACAGACGAUACCGACGUCAUGGAAGAGCUUGCUGGAGAGAAUUCCGCCGAGGGGUCGAAGCAGACAUGGUGCGGCUUUCUUUUCAAGGAGAUCGCAUCAGACGACGUGGAUGGCUUUCCACUGCCUCAUGGGUGUUACUUGCAGCGUGCGACUGCAGAUUCAUGGGCUGUCGGCCUGGUAUUUCGCCCUGGUGUCAUGUUGAAGCCGCAGCAGCGGUACCACAUGGUCUUGAACGGUGUCAUCGGGCAAUUGGCGCAGAAAGGGGAUGAUGUGCUUCGAGUACUUGUUAUGAACAAUCUGGAGAACAAACCUUUCCAUGUGGCCGAGCGUGGCCGCUGCCGUCUACAGACCAGCCCUCAGGAGCCAGCAGCAGCUGCUGGUGAACCAGACUUGCAAAACUGUCCCAUCCUUGGAGGUGCAAACGGAAUUCUGGAUUUGGGAUCUGGGCUCGCUACAUUGCGCUUGCAACCGCAAGCGAGCAGCGCACUUCGAGCAAUCUCAGCUUCCAGUCAUCUGAGACUCUUCCUGUGGCCCCUCAUGGGAUGGCACCUCCGAACGGGCGAGUGUGAUGCCAAGUGCAUUGAUCACACUGGCUUCUGUGGCCUUGCGGAGAUGUCUUGCAGCAGUUUCGCGGUAAGCACGACGUGGACUCGGCCCAAUGCCGUAAGGAUGACACUGCCGAGUGAUCUGGCCGACAUUUAUGGGACCAUCCAGAACAUCUUUGAGAUUUCCAACCUGGCGCCACCUACAGGAGGGCUGUUCGCCGGACGCUGCGGCAUACAGAUCAGUUUACCCAGCGAUGUGGCUCCGUCCUACAGUGCUUCUUCCGGUGAUUUCAUCUACAGGAGCCCCAGCGCCGUGGCUGGUUUGCUCAGCACGGCUGGAAACGAACGGCCUUUCCAAGCGCAAGAAAGCAACGUUCUCUACGUGAAGAUCCGCUUGGGAGCGACUCUGCUUAGCGAGUUCACCGACUUCGCCGCGACGCUGGAAAUUCAGACUCCCAUGGGCUACAGAUGUUCUGCGGCAGAGGUUCCAGAAGCGCUCACGGCCCUCGUCGAUCAAGGAAGCCUACUUGGCAGUCUCCAGGAAGAUGGUUGGAGCAGCGGAUCACGGAGCUGUUUCUUCAACCUUCGUGCCGGAUUCGCUAUUUUUGCGGGCAGCUCCUUUAUGGUUCGGCUCAGAGUUAGGAACCCCACAAGCCCUCUUCCGGGCGAUGAUCCGAUGAACGUAUGGCAUCUCGGUCUCGAAUCCAUGGGCUCCUCGCCUUUCACCCGACGCAGCAAAAACGUUUCCGAUGCGUUCCUAGUAUCUCAGCAGCUGUUUGGGGCGAACUACACAGCCUCCAUUGCCGUGCUGGGCCGUCUGACAGAUGUCUCGCUGCAGCCGCAGAGCUAUCAGCCCGCGCUGCUCUCGUUGCAGCCAGGUGAUGCUUCCCUCGCUGGCACCAUUCUCGAAGUUUUCUUGAGGACCGCACAGAUGCUCCCUGCAGGUGGCACGGUUGUGCUCCAGGCUCCUCCUGGUUUCGAUUUCGGUAUCGCCUGCGAUGUCUCGGACCUUCCCAAGGGCGGCCACUAUUAUUCGAAAGGCAGGGCUGGAGAAGUGACAGGGCGCCUUCCGUUUCUGAGCUGCGCCGGGCAGCAGAGUCAGCAGAGUGAGGCCUUCCACGGCUUUGAUGCGGCUCGGGUGAGUUUGGAAGAGCGCCUUUUUGUUGGUGAAGCGUACGGAUUUCAGAUCCGGGUAGUUCCGCCGAUUCUCGGCUUCGCGGCAGACGGCGACUGGUCACUCUUUACAGAAGCGGCUGCCGGGCGGAUGGAUGGCAGUGUCGCAAUAUCCUCUGCAAAUGGUGGCUCCUACCAGCUCUACUACCGAGAAGUAGCUUCAAUGCAAGUUCACAUCUCUGACCUGAAGCCUCGCGAGUUGACCGGAAAGGAAGCAGUGCUUCACCUACUCUUCCGCCUUGGCGGAAUUCCUCUCAACAGCGUCUUGAGAUUGACGGUGCCCGUUGGUUUCAUCUUCAACUUCCCUGACACGAGCUUCAUCUCAUCCGCAGGAAAUGCUUCUGUUACAUCGCUUGAGGAGGCACUUCAGGUGCCGGGUGCCACUGUGGACUGGCCGGCAGGACUUCCUCAGCAACACCUCAAUGUUCUGACUUGGUCGAGUGCCUUCUACAAUCCGGUGGAAACGUACGGUUUCUUGGCGCCUGUGGCUGUUCCGUCAAGAAGCUCGACUCAGUCCAGCCAUUCCUUCGUUUUGGAAGUGGGUUAUGAUGAAGAAGCAAUGGCUGCAAGCUGGGAACUCCUCCGCACAACAGGAUGUGCCUUCCAUUGCCAAGUAACAUCUUCGGAGUUGCCAUUUGAGUACUCUGAGUCGCUUGCUGACGCGAGUGCAUUGCAGCGCCUUCGCGAAAUCUGCCGCGAAGCCUGUCUGCUUCGACAUGGCUGUGCUGAGAUCGAGAUCACAUUUACAAGCUCCGAUGCUUCGUGUUCCCUCUGCUCCUACUUGUCAUGUGAACAUGUCGAGAGAUUCGAUGCCGAGCUCCAUGUGCUUGUGUCAUUGACUCGACCCGCCGCCUCUGUACGGCCAGCUCCGCUAGUUCGAGCGCUUUUGGAUGGUGAGGUGUCCUUUCGCACUCAGCGCGUGGCAGCAGUGAGCGUGGUGCGUUUUCGAGUCCGACUGGUCACAACUGUGCCAGCUCCACGAGGAGCCUUGCUCAUUCAAGGCCCAGAGGGCUUCUUUUUCUCGGAGCAGUGCCAGCCGGUCGACGUCCCUCCUGAGACCUUUGACCGCUUUGCUCUUCGAAGCAUGGGCGAUGGAGGAAUUGGGUGCACGUUUUUCCGUCUCUCCGGUGUUCCUCGUAUUCAGCUGCAGCCUGGCACCUCCAGCCUCCUGGCCGGCCUCUACCUCUUCGAGCUUCCGGUGCAGAAUCCGGCUCCGCAGUCGCAGUGA